UGGACCCGUUCGAGCUUGGGACGUGCGCGUGUGAGGCAGGGUCCUCGGGCGACCUGGACAGCAUCCGUGUGCUGGUUGAGAAUGGUGCCGACAUCAACACAGGAGACUACGACGGUCGCACGGCGUUGCACAUGGCUACUUGUUAUAAUCGGUUGAGCGUCAUCGAAUAUUUGGUCUCGUUGCCGUCGAUCAACCUCAAUCCACUGGAUCGUCUCGUAAAUACGCCUCUUGACGACGCGGAAAGGGAGGGCCAAGGUGCUAUUGUUAAAAUUCUUCAAGCCCGUGGGGGCGUUCCAGGCACUCAUCCAUCGUUGAAAGACCAAGUUGCUCAACAAAGACAGAAAAAAGCUGAAGCUGAGGCCGUCAAAAAAAUGCGUCGUGAGGCGGACGCACGCUUAUUUGAGGAGUGGAGCCUCGUGCAAGAGGACCUGUCGCGAGUCUACAGCUUUAUGAGUGAGUACUUGCCAUCACUCUGUAAAAACAUCAACAUUUUAAGCAUGACCCUGCGGAGUCGACGAACACAAAGUACGAUUGAUCGUUCCCCCCGGCCCGAUCUUGCGGAAACCCGGCUCUAUUUUUACAAGUCUUUCCUAGCCUUCUUAGAGCGGCGUUACAAAGUCAAUCUGGAGAUGUCCUUGACGCUCAUCGAAGAACUAGAGGAAGUAACUUCUUUUGAAGACAAGGCGCGAAUCGCAGGGUACAUCGUGGAACGCUUUCUUGACGCGAAAUCUUCAGAUCGUGUGCACUUUCAUCCCACACAGGUCGGGCUGGUGAAGGAGCGCCUACUCGCUGCAUUUCCGGAGAAAGUCUUUCCUGUCG